AGGAGUGGUCACCUUCAUCGACUUCAUGAAACCAACACAGGAAACAAGGCUACCUGAGGAAGAGUAUAUACAACAAACUACAUGUUUUCAAUGUGUUAUGUUUGUAUAGUCUAGUCAUUCAACUGUAGGAGAAAUAAAAAGUGGUUGCAAUCUAUAAUGGAUCCUAACGAUUUCAACAGUGGUGGGCGAUCAUCAACUUUAUCCGACAAUGGACAACAGUCACCUGGUCAUGGCCACUCGCUUGUUAGAAAAUCGUUCUCCGAGGCAUCCGUGAAAAGGCAAGCGGUGAAGAGACAUCAUCAUAAACACAAUCUGAAGCAUCGGUAUGAAUUUCUUGAAACUCUUGGAAAAGGGACUUACGGAAAAGUGAAGAAAGCAAUCGAGAGAUCCGGUAGAAUGGUUGCCAUUAAGUCCAUCAGAAAGGAGAAGAUCCAGGAUGAGCAGGACCUAGUGCACAUUCGCAGAGAGAUUGAGAUCAUGUCCUCACUCAAUCACCCCUACAUCAUCACCAUAUAUGAAGUGUUCGAGAACAAGGACAAGAUUGUGAUUGUGAUGGAGUAUGCUAGCCGAGGUGACCUAUACGACUACAUCUCUGAAAAGCAGAGGAUCUCAGAACGCGAGGCCAGACACUUCUUCAGACAAAUCGUGUCAGCUGUACACUACUGCCACAGGAAUGGGAUAGUACACCGGGACUUGAAGCUGGAGAACAUUUUACUAGAUGGAAAGGGCAAUAUUAAGAUUGCUGACUUUGGGCUGUCCAACCUGUACCGUGGUGAUGAGUACCUGCAGACGUUUUGUGGCAGCCCUCUGUAUGCUUCUCCAGAGAUCGUUAACGGGCGGCCAUACAAAGGGCCCGAGGUGGACACCUGGUCGCUGGGCGUUCUGCUCUACACCCUGGUCCAUGGUGCCAUGCCCUUCGAUGGGCAAAACUACAAGAACCUGGUUCAGCAGAUUAGCACUGGAAACUACCGCAAACCCACCAACCCUUCAGAUGCCUGUGGGCUGAUUCGUUGGAUGCUAAUGGUAAAUCCUGAGCGCAGAGCUACCAUAGAGGAGAUCGCUGGACACUGGUGGCUCAACUGGGGUUACCAGAAACCCCUACUGGCCGAGGGUGAGAAUGCGACAUUGCUACAACCAAGUGAGAAGACCACUGCAUCCACACAGCAGCCUGGAGGCCUUGCAAGCAUUGCCAGUUGGCUGCGUCGAAACUCCCGGCCCUUACUGGAGAACAGCUCCAAGGUGCGCUGUCUGCUGCGGUCCCACGGGAGCGGUGGAGGGGAUGUGGUGCGGCAGCGGUCCCUAAGGAGGUCACGCAAGGAGAACAACGUGUCCCAGACCAUGAAUGAUGGGGCCACCGCUCGGCCCUCCAAGGGCAUACUGAAGAGACGAGGUAGCCUGAAACAGAAGGCCCUCAGCGAGGCUACAACCUCAGUGAUGGAGGAACCAGUGAGGGACUAUGAACUCUCCACCCCGGCCCAGGCCCUGCCUGUUGCAUCACUGCCCCGCAAAGGCAUCUUGAAGAAACCAGCCGAGCGAGAGUCUGGCUACUACUCUUCCUCCCCAGACAGCAGUGACUCUGCCCAGACACCCCAGGCCCAGCUCUGCCCCUCAGCACCGCCCCACCGAAAGGGAAUCCUGAAGCGCCACGGUAAGUUCUCUUCAGGCCUACUGCAGGAGUUUGGGUCUCUGGACCAGCUGGCGGCCUCCCUGCCAAGGGGGGGCACGAGAGCACGACCCAGCGGGGCAAUCAGCGAGGACAGCAUCCUCUCCUCUGAGUCCUUUGACCAGCUGGAUCUGCCUGACCGCGUGGGGCCAGCGGCACCCAGCGAACGCCCAGCCAAGGGCACCAUGAGGGGCUGCGUGUCUGCUGACAACCUCCUGGACAUCCGAGAAGAGGGGCUUGGGCAAGACCUGCUGAGGCAGAGAGGACCCUGGGACAUGGCCUGUUACCAGUCUGGGGUGGCUGACAGCGCCUUCUCCAUCACAGACUGUGAGAACGUGACAGAAGCCUACAAGCAUGCCAUGGUGAUUGGAGGAGCUGCAGUCAGCUGAGGACCAGCAAGUGUCCCAGGACAGUAUAAUACAGCAUUCUCAAAGGACUGAGGCAGUUGUUUAAAGUUGGCUGAUAGCUGAACACAUUUGUGGUAAUGUGUGACUUGAUAGCCAAAGUGGUAUAGGAGAAGUGCGAAGCUACAGUAGCCACUCGUGAUGUGACAUUGUUUUGAUGCAGUACUAUAAGAACUUUACCAAAAACAGAUUCUAGCAAAGGGAGAAAGAAUCUAGGCUCAUAUCAGACUUAUUGCUAGUUUAGACAAACAUUGUAAAAUAAAUGCCUUUCAAUUAGUUAACUAGAUCAGAGGUUUGAGUUAUUCCCAUUUUUUUGUUUCUUUGCCAGGGAGAUCCAGACUUCAAUACAAUAUUUUUUUUCAGGGACUAAAUGUUUAGUCAGAAGAACAGAGGGUACAGUGUUUUUCAAAAAUAUUGGUAGCUGUUAAUUGUGACAUUUUGUCUGGACCAAGUUCUAAUUGACUUUGGAGGGUUUUCAAUGUUGACUUUUGGAUUUUGAUUUCAAAAUGUAGCAUUUUUGUUCAGGGUUUGAGGGAAUUGACAGUUUAAUACCAAAGCUAAAAUGUGAAAACAUGUAGAGCACAAAUUUUUUCUGUCCAAUCACCAUGUUAAUAAGACAUUCAACUUUUAGAACUGGAAUUGAUUUACACCUGGAAAGAUGACUCACAAUAAUUAGUAAAGGUAAUGACAUCCAUUAAAAGGGCAAUCUGCAGUUGGUACAUCCAUUAUUAAACAUUUAAAUGAAUGAUGAAUAUAACUUAUAGAUGCCUCAUCAGCUUAGUUCAACUGUCGUACCCCAUCAGAACUCAAAAUAUGAGCUUGUUCUACUCCUUUUGUUUUAAUAAAUGUAAACUGAAACUAAUCUUGAAGUCAUGGAUGGUCAGUCCCUUUAUACAUAGCUCUGUACAUUGAGUGGUUACAUUUCUCCAGCCCCACCCCUCAGCUGUUUACCAGGCUACCGCUUUAUUUUUCAAACUGCAGAUUGCCCCUUUAAGCCCUGAGGCACACUAGCACGAACUUGUCGAACCUGCUACUAUUCUAUUCAGCCUAAGUUUACUCUGUGUACAGUGCAUUACAGAUGAAAACCUUUUUAUUUUGGCGGGUUAAGUAUUGUAGCAGUAUUCCAGUUCUCUGGAAUUAAACCAUGCUCUUUAGCAUGUGUGGUAACUAGUUAAUGUGUAACUUCCCCAGAGAGUGAACUGAAGAACUAGUUCAGACCGAUACGUGACAUUUUUAUGAGUUAAUUCAUUUACAAGGACGGGUCUAAAGGUGUGUUUCGGUUUCCCAGUAACAGCAUGUGGCCAAAGAUUGGGAUUUGUGACUUUGAUGUGCCCUCUGGGCAUUUCAUGAUUAUGACUAGGAUCGAUUCAAUUUAUUCUGUUUUAACACCUAAAAAUGAUUAAUACUAUGAAAAAUUGUGCCUAGGAGCUGCUCAGACUAUUGAAAUCUGAUAAUUAUAUGUUUCAGGGUUCACUUGAAUGUGGAACAAACUGCACACACAGCUUUGCACAAGGGGCUACAACAACAAGUGGCUGUUCAAUGACUGGAAUGUGGUGAUUUCUUAUUGUUGGUUAUUAAUAGGUUGAUUUUAUAUUUAACACUGUAGGGAUAAAGGGAAAUAUAACUCUUAUUUUUAGUAGUAUACAAGAGCGAUCAACAAAGGAGGUUAAAACACAAAGAUAUUCACACUUUGAUGCUCAAACAGAUUCAGGUGAUUAUUUUAUCCCCCCUCAGUAUUAUACAGGAACUACAAAAUGUUUAUAUAGUUCCUUUAAGUGACCUAUCAAUUGUUAGCCAACUCAUGUCAACACAACCAUAAAAAUAUGUUGCCAUGUUAAUAAAUACAGGUAAAUCUAAGCAAUAUGUUUUUCAUGAGUUGGACAUGAUCCAUGUUUGCCAAAGUGUCUGGCUUAUCUGUUGUCAGCUUGUACUCUGAUCUGACUUGGCCCAGUGAAUCAAACAUUUAAAAAAAAUAAUAACUGUC